GGGCGUGCGGCAGGCGUGGGGACGCGCGCCCCAGGGAGGGCUGCUGGGCGACUGCGCGGCCGACUUUUCCCCACGCAGGGUCACCUGGGGCGACCCUGAGGUGGUGAGAGGGCUCCUCUACACCGCGGAACGGAGCCUAACGUGGAGGUCGUGCGGCCGUGUCCCUGCCACGUUCCAGUGACUGCAGGCUGAUUCACCGGGCUUCCCCGGGAACUUUCCCUUCCUCGAGGCCGGGUCCCGGAGGGUCUCACUAAGCUUUUUCGAUGUAUAGUUGGUGACUUUGUCCCCAGAUGCUGAGGUGCCUGAAUCCCUGGCGCAGGCCACUACUGAGCUGUAGUUGGAGUAGGCUGUGCCUUUUCAAGCAGUAUCUGUUUACAAUGAAGUUGCAGUCUCCAGAAUUCCAGUCACUGUUCACAGCAGGAUUGAAGAGUCUGACAGAUUUAUUUGUGAAAGAAAAUCAUGAAUUAAGAAUAGCAGGAGGAGCAGUGAGGGAUUUAUUAAGUGGAGUAAAGCCUCAAGAUGUGGAUUUUGCUACCACUGCUACCCCUGCUCAGAUGAAGGAGAUGUUUCAGUCUGCUGGUAUUCGCAUGAUAAACAACAAAGGGGAGAAGCAUGGGACAAUUACUGCCAGGCUUCAUGAAGAAAAUUUUGAAAUUACUACACUGCGGAUUGAUGUUGUCACUGAUGGAAGACACGCUGAGGUAGAAUUCACAACUGAUUGGCAGAAAGAUGCUGAACGCAGAGAUCUCACUAUAAAUUCUAUGUUUUUAGGUUUUGAUGGUACCUUAUUUGACUACUUCAGUGGUUUUGAAGAUUUAAAAAAUAAGAAAGUUAGAUUUGUUGGACAUGCUAAACAGAGGAUACAAGAAGAUUAUCUUCGAAUUUUAAGAUAUUUCCGGUUUUAUGGGAGAAUUGUAGACAAGCCUGGUGACCACGAUCCUGAGACUUUGGAAGCAAUUGCAGAAAAUGCAAAAGGCUUGGCUGGAAUAUCAGGGGAGAGAAUUUGGGUGGAACUGAAAAAAAUUCUUAUUGGUAACCAUGUAAAUCACUUGAUUAACCUCAUCUAUGAUCUUGAUGUGGCUCCUUACAUAGGUUUACCUACUAAUGCAAGUUUAGAAGAAUUUAACAAAGUCAGUAAAAAUGUUGCAGGUUUUUCACCAAAGCCAAUGACUGUCUUGGCCUCAUUAUUCAAAGUACAGGAUGAUGUCACAAAAUUGGAUUUGAGGUUGAAGAUUUCAAAAGAAGAGAAAAACCUUGGUAUAUUUGUAGUUAAAAACAGGAAAGAUUUGGUUAAAGCAGCAGAUAGUUCAGAACCAUUGAAACCCUAUCAAGACUUCAUUAUAGAUUCUAGGGAAUCUGAUGCAACGACCCGUGUGUGUGAACUCCUGAAGUACCAAGGAGAGCAUCGUCUUCUCGAGCAAAUGCAGCAAUGGUGCAUUCCUCCAUUUCCUGUGAGUGGCCAUGACAUCAGAAAAGUAGGCAUUUCUUCGGGAAAAGAAAUUGGGGCUCUGUUGCAGCAGUUACGAGAACAGUGGAAAAAAAGCGGUUACCAAAUGGAGAAAGAUGAACUCCUAAGUUACAUAAAGAAGAGUGAAAAUUGAUGAGAGCUGAUAUUAAAUAGCAGAAAAUUUUUGGUAAAACUAGUUUGUUCGUUUUUUUUUCCCUUCCCUCUUAGAUUUAAGAGACUUGAAUAUAUAGCAGAAUAAAAGCCAGCGUAGAGGACCUCUUCAGAUGAGUAAAGGUCUUAUUUUGUGAGAUCUAAUUAUAUUUCAGGCAGUAAACUGAAGUCUACCUCCUCUUAAUUUGAUUUAUAUCACUGAACCCUGUGAUUCUUUUGGAGUAGUUCCUACUGCAAAUAGUACAGUUGUUUUCCCCUGUUGUAAUCUGUCUAGGCUUUCUUCUUUUUUUUUUGGUGUAGUGUGUUACUGAUUGAUCUUAAAACGUGGUAACUCAAAAGUGUUUCUUAAUGUUUGUAAUUGAAAUAACUGCAUUAUUUUAUUGUUCUGGAAUCCAGGUAAGAAGUGAAGCUUACAAAAGUGUGUUGAUAACACAGUAGUUGACAAAAUGGCCUCUAUAAAAUAAUGAAGACUGGAUGUGUCCCAGGUGGCUGGCAUUCGUACACCCAAAACUUGGUUCUAGCAAGCUGUUUUAGUACGUAGUUGAUACUUUUGUCAUAAUUUAUGCAUGCUAGGCCUGAGAAAGAUUGGCUUGACAGUUACUCUUGAGCCUAUUUUAAUAAACAUUCCCUUUGGAAUUGGAA